GGCCGACAGACCUCCGCUGUGUAUGCGGGUAUAACUCUUCUCAUAUGAGCAGAACUUGUAACCGAAGCAACUGAGGGAUUAUUACUGGAAACAAAUCGGGCGGCACAGACUUCAGAACGUCUGAAGACAUGGACUCCAAACGCCAGAGUGUUGUGAUGGAACGACUUGUAAAUGAGUUAGGCUCUCUGCUGAAGAUGCUGGACCAUGAGACGGUCAGUCCUGCUACCGCUGAAAAAAUGGCAUCCAUACGCAACAUCCUGGACUCACUGCAGCUGUCAGUGAACGGCUCUGAUGUCUACAUGAACAGCUGUCUCUAUGGCAAUGGCACGAGCUUUGUAGAGUCUCUGUUUGAGGAUUUUGGCUGUGAUUUGCACAUGCUCAGUGCAUCUCCAGUGGAGCAGAAAGAGCACAAGGAUGAAGAGGAGAAGACUCAUCCCAAUAAAUCUACCCCAACUGACACACCUCCUCCUCCUCUGCCAACUACACCCCUUCCUGAUGACUACUAUGAAGAAGCUGUUCCUCUAGAUCCCGGAUCUACUCCUCAGUACUUUACCACCACAUCCAGGAACUCUGUGGAGGACGCCUAUUAUGAAGAUGCUGACAAUAACUACCCCACCACCAGAAUGAAUGGGCCUCCCAAAAGCUCCUACAAUGACUCAGAUGCUCUGAGUAGUUCCUACGAGUCUUACGAAGAAGAGGAAGAGGAAGCAAAGGGCCGAGACCAGCCUCAGAGAUGGACAGCCGAGGAAAGAACAGAUGGACCGGUUCGAGACUGCCGCAUCUGUGCCUUCCUACUGCGAAAGAAACGCUUUGGCCAGUGGGCUAAGCAGCUUGUUGUUGUCCGAGACAAUAAACUGCAGUGUUUUAAAAGCAUCAAAGAGAGCUCUCCCAACACAGAGCUCCCACUGAAUCUUUGCAACGUCAUCUAUGUCCCUAAGGAAGGCCGGAAAAAGCGUCACGAGUUGCGCUUCUCAUUACCUGGAGGCGAAGCGCUAGUCUUGGCAGUCCAGAGUAAAGAACAGGCCCAGCGAUGGCUCAAGGUGGUCCACGAUGUUGGCAGCCAGUGUAGCAACACUGAGGGGCUGGAUGGAUCAACUUCUCCAAUUAUACAGAGGAAGCUGGAGCUCGACAAGGUGCUACAGUCUGAGAGACAGGCUUCAGACUCAGACAGCGGGCCAACAGCAGACAGUCAGGCCACUGCACACGGGUCAGGACGAGACACUACUGACUCACUCAUUGGCCGCUGGCUUGGAGUUUUGUUUGCAGAGACCGGCAGCAGCACUCUCCCUGAAGAGUUGCACUACGAUUACAUCGAUGUGGACACACUUACUGACAUACGGCAUGCUGCCAGACACUCCUUCUUGUGGGCCACAACAGCUAACUCCUCCAGUAGUGCUUCAAUAGACUCCAGAACUUACGAUGAGGUCUAUGAAAGUGUUGCGGAAGUGGAUGUGGAGAGCAGAGGAGGCCAGGUGAGACGUCACGCUUCGUUCUCCAGCAGGGACUCUGAGAAAACUGAACAACAGGCUGCCAUUAAGAGACAUGCCUCCAAUGUGAAUCAGUAUGGGCGGUAUGGGAAGACGCGGGCAGAGGAGGAUGCCAGGCGGUACCUGAGAGAGAAAGAGGAGUUGGAAAAGCAGAAGGAGGACCUCAGAAAUGCACUGAUUUCCCUGCGCAAGGAGAAAAGGCAGUUGAAGGAGGAGGGGAAGAGCGGCACAGGUAAUAGUGUGGAAAAGCAGUUAGCUGAGCUGGAAACACUGUGCAAACAGAAGGAGGAGGAACGGGUGGAGCUGGAGCUGAGACUGACAGAGGUCAAAGAAAACCUGAAGAAGUCACUGGCUAGAGGGGCACUGGGUCCACCUACUGAUACCAAGAUCUACGUCAAGGCGCAGGGCAGUAAGGUUGAAAAGGUUUACAUGGAGACUGUGCCUGUCAACGCGGCAUCUGAGCUUCGAAAGCGGCCUCCGUCUCUUUACGCCUCCUCCAAGGGGAAUGUGAUGCAGAAGGCAAAGGAGUGGGAGUCAAAGAAGGGGACAUAGAGUGAUCAUAAACAGAUCGACAGAUGGAGACGAGGACGUUUGAAAGGAAAACGCAAGAAGAGCAAGAAAACUGGCACUGAAGAGAGAAAGGAUGGACUCGGAGGCAUUGCGCUCUCAUUUCAUCUAAAGGAAAAGUGCAGGCAGCGUGAUGCUGCACCAGCUACUGUAAAUACGACAUGCUCAGCUGAUACAUCAGUACCGUGUUAAUGUGGAUCACUAUGAACGUGAUGUGUACGUGUUGGUGUGAGUUUGCAUGCGUGUUUACAUUUGCACAGGGCUGCAGAAAGUUUUAAAAAAAAGGAAAGCGUAGCAAAGGGAGAGUGUAGUUCUUCAACACUGUGAGUUCAGCGUUACAGGCAAGACGUUUAGCUACACCCACUGGUUUGUAUUAUUUUUAUACUUGAUACUUGGAAAUGAAAAAUGAAAAACCCAGUUAAAGAAAAUUUUUUAGUUAUAAUCUUAAAUUAUCAUUAUUAGUAAGAGAAGUACAGAAUCUCAUAUCUUAAUUGUGUAUUUAUACGUUUAAUAAAAAAUAUCGAGUAGACACUGUUCCUAAAAGCAACGAAUAAAUGUUUGUUGUUGCAAUGUGAAACAAUUGGUUUUAACCUUUAUAUGACUCUUAUUUUUCACAUUUGACUUUUGCACUUUAUCUUGUUGUAUUUUGUGAUUGCAUAAAUGUGUCCUCAGCCCCUCUCAGCUGAAUCAUUUGAAGAUAAAUGCCUGUGUCUGCUUUACUUGCCCUUCACUGAGAAACGAACACACGCAAAUGUUGGAGUAAAUAAUUUUAUAAAGAA